ACAUUUCGAUAGGUCUCUGUUGAGAUGUGGUUCUGCAUCGUUGUAUGUUCAUUAAGUAUAUGUUAGGAAUUUAGAUUACGAUACAUUAUAAACAAACCGAUUGAAAUAAUGCACAUCUAGUACAAUAUAGCAAUGUCUGAAGAAAGUAUAGCGGUGGUAGUGAAAGCUAAAAGCGAAAGAAAGGUGUUUAAACCCAUUGUGAAAUCUGUCAACAGGAUUCCAGACGAACUCUUACACGAUGUUAACCUUAAUAGUGCAAUGAAGGUUCUUCCACAGAAUUAUAAUUUUGAGAUACCCAAAACAAUCUGGCGUAUACGCCAGAAGGGGGCAAAAAGAGUUGCACUUCAAAUGCCAGAAGGUUUGGUUAUGUUUGCCACGACAAUCGCAGAUAUAAUUGAAACAUUCACGGAAGCUGAUACUGUCAUAAUGGGUGAUGUGACGUAUGGUGCAUGUUGUAUCGAUGAUUAUACAGCGAAAGCCCUAGGAGUUGAUCUUUUAGUUCAUUAUGGGCAUAGUUGUUUGAUCCCAAUUGACCAGACGUCGGGUAUAAAAAUGUUAUACAUUUUUGUAGAUAUUAAGAUUGAUGCUCUUCAUUUCCUUAACACUGUAAAACUUAAUUUUCCAACAAAUGUGAAGAUAGGUUUGGUGAGUACUAUUCAGUUUGUUGCCACACUGCAAGGUGUUGCAAAUGAACUCAGACGAGAGGGAUAUGAAAUCACACUACCUCAAAGUCGACCACUUUCACCAGGGGAAAUUUUGGGAUGUACAGCACCUGUCAUGUCGUAUGUAGACGUCUUUAUUUAUUUGGGAGAUGGCCGUUUUCAUCUUGAAGCUGCAAUGAUAGCAAAUCCAAAGUUAAAAGCAUACAGGUAUGAUCCAUAUGACAAAAAGUUUACAGAAGAAUUCUAUGGUCACAUUGAAAUGCAGACUGUAAGGAAACAAGCAAUUAGUGAGGCAAGCAAUGCUUCAAGAUUUGGUCUAAUCCUUGGAACUCUUGGCCGCCAGGGGAGUACUAAAGUUAUGGAACACUUUCAGGGUCGGUUAACAAAACUAUCUAAAGAAGGUGUAGUUGUUUUGUUAUCGGAAAUUUUCCCGGAUAAACUGCGUUUGUUCCCUGAUAUUGGAGCCUGGAUACAAGUUGCUUGUCCACGACUUUCCAUAGACUGGGGCAAGGCUUUUGAUAAACCACUGCUGACACCAUAUGAAGGAGCCAUUGCACUUCGCGAGGCAGAAUUUCAAGCUGAUGAACAGAAUUAUCCUAUGGAUUUUUAUGCCAAUGAAAGUCGUGGACCUUGGACACCAAAUCACAAAUCAGUUACUCUUGUAAAAAGUGAUGACAAAUGUAAGAAGUGUAAGUGAAAAAUAAAAAGGCAGAAUGUGCACAUUC